AUGCAUCCAGGUGCUUUAGGCUACCCUCGGAACCGAUGGCUGGACACAGAUCAUCGCGGAAUGAAUAAAUUCUGCGCCGCUGACGACCCCAACUUGCAGGUGAUUCUUGAAGAGCUGAGAGGCAUUUUUGCUUCUCUGCGCAGGAGCAAGUCUAUAAGUGUCCCCUCGCGCCCUGUGAAGGCAACUAUAGUACGGUCAUCCCUAGGGAUACCAGUGACACAGCACUUCGUUGGUCGCGAAUACACUCUGGAGCGCGUGCAUCAACUGCUCUGGACACCAAGUCGGCCAGACUCUCUUAACAUUGUCAGCAUCUAUGCAGCUGGAGGAAUGGGCAAGACUCAGACGGCCAUGGCAUAUUUGCAGAGUUACGGAGAACACUUCGGCGCUAUACUGGAGGUCGAUGGUACCAGCUACGUAACGUGUUGUGCUAGUUUCCGGAGAAUUCGGGAGCUCUUGGCCAAAGAUGACCCGGUUGUCGCACAGGAAUAUCUAGAGUGGAAAUGGGCUAAAAGCAACACGACUUUCCAAAAUGAAGUGGAGUCUGAGUGUGUGAUGGAUUACAGACUUGUGAAAGGUUGGCUGUGGCUGCGGCAGGAUCUACCGUGGCUACUGCUCUUCGACAACGUUGACGAUCUCGAGAGUUUCGAUGUACGCGAUUUCUUUCCUUACGAUGUGCAGGGCAAGGUGCUCGUAACGAGCCGACGACUAGAGAGCUGUGAAUGGUCUCAGUGGAGGUGCAUAAAGCUGUCAGAACUCCACCGGGAAGACUCCAGAGCUCUCUUUCUCAAACAAUUGUCUUUGGAACUCCAAUCAGAGUCAUCAGCGAUGAAACUCCUCGACAGCGUCUUGGACAAACUCGGCGACAUGCCGCUUGCGAUAGCGCAAGCAAGUGCGUACAUAUCACGACGCCUUCUCAUCUUUCGUGGCACACAACAUAAGAUCUUGCAGAGGCUGGAAGAGGAGCUGACGGCUUAUGAAACAGCCUUCUUGGGGCAGUUGCAAAAGCAGUCUGCCGUCGCUCUACGGGGCUACCGCAACGAUUCAAUUUUUACGACUUGGGAAAUCUCAUUCCAGGCUAUCGAGAGCCAAGACCGAGCUGCAGCAGAACUCCUCCAAUUGAUGGGUUUCCUCAAUCGACGUGACCUGGACCCGAAGCUAUUACGAUAUGCAGUCCUGCCCAGUCAUCCAAUGACUGGGUCCUUCUCUUUUCUUUAUGAGCUCCAGCGAUGGAUGGAGCCACCGAAAAGCCAGUGGAGCGACAUGCGUCUGGACUCUUGCUUUGGCCUAUACAGCUCAUACUCUUUACUCGAAUAUCUGGAAGACUUGGACUCGUUUUCAAUGCAUCCUCUGAUCCACGCUUGGGUACGUUCGAGGCUCGGUCGGCCAAUGCAGAUCUAUUAUGCAACACAGGCUAUGCGACUCGUCGAGGCUGGCUGGGUACUUGGUAUCUAUCCACGCUCGCACACCGAGGACAUUUUCGAGUCCGUCAAAGAGUAUUUCUCUACUGCUACUAUCGAGGAGAAUGAAUUACAUCUCAACCCCGAUGCCCUUCGAGCGAGAACAUGGCCUGAGUGGCUUGAGACCUUCAUUCAGAAAAUGAUGCUUCUCUGGGGUAUCCUAGAUGAUGCUGUUCUAAGCUUGACGAGGCUCCUCAUGCCACCACACUCGCGACUCGUGGCAGUGCCAUGGAGAUAUUCCUACACCCUUGGAGACAGGGUCGACCACCUUGGCCUAGUUCAAUGGUCCUAUCAAGAAGCUUGUUCUCGCUUACAUUAUCGACAUCCCUUCUCUCUGAAGAUUGCCGGAAGCUACGCCAACAUCCUCUUAGGAGAGGAUGAGUUCUUGCCUAGGCUUGCUGAAACCUGGUACACGUGGCUUGCCGAAGUUCGUGCUCGAAUGUAUGGCCCAGAACACCCAUCAACUGCAGGAGCGCUGCUUGGUAUUGCAAAACUGCUCAUGUUUGAUGAACGCUACGAGGAGGCAGACGUUCUCUUUAGUAAAGCGUUAACGUUUCGUACGAAAGCGCUUGGUUUUGAAGACAAGCUAACACGAAAUGUUUUUCGGCUGAAAAGAAGAUUGCUAUUGUAUUGGGCGGAUCGCACUGCUGCUUUGAGCUUCGUUCAGGAUCUGUAUGAAUCCGGUCACCUCUGUUGCAUUCUCGAAGGCUUCCCUCUUUCAGAAGUCUUUGGUGUUGUCCUCUACCAGGCAUUCGGCCCCAAUUCAACACUGUUUGAACUGUAUGAAAGGAAUCCCCGUGAUUGUGCAGUACUUGCUCCAGCCUUAAUGCACUUCCAGUGGACAGACCUGGUUCCGGACGCCUCAGCUGUAACAUGCGACUUCUCCUUACCUGGAUGGUGCCAAUGUCUCCACAUCUGGGACGACUUAUUAAAUAGUAGGUGGACAGAAAAUCCCACCCCAUGCGACUCUCCCGGUUAUGAGAAUGCGACGUGGGGACCAUACGGAGGCUGUCAAGGAGACGAGUACCAGGCACGAGGAUUAUCCGAAAAGUGUGACAUCUGGAUUCAACAAGAACUGGAGAGCGACGAGUCGAUGGACGCGGCACAACUCUUGUUGAAUGUGCUCCAAGGCCUCGCUGUUGAUUCAUAUCGCAUAGGACCUCGCACACGCAGCUCGGGCUUCGAGAGCUGGGCAUGGGUACGAGAUACCGGACUCGACACAGUGAUUCGCCAGCUUCAUGCUGGUGAAUGUGAACUGGCAGGGGAACUUGCGACGGCUCUCUACGAGCUGAUUUAUCCACGUGACGCGUGCUUUGCUUUUCUGGUAGCCCAAAGCUCUGCGUGUCAGGGGGCUCUAGAAGAGUCGUGCAAAUGGUACCAAGAAGCGGAGGUGGCCAGCGAAACUGCACAAGUCACCUGCAAUGUGAGGUUCAAUGGAAUUCGGUUGAAUAAGUGCAUGAUAUCUGUGGCGCACUGGGCACAGGGGAUCUGCCAUUGGCUAAACGGAAACUUCACUCAUGGUCAGGAGCAUAUCCUGCACGCGCUCAAGGCCGGUGAAUUAUUCGAUUUCGAGACGGAGUGGAUACUGUACGAUCUCCAGAUGGCUCGUCAGCACUUCGGCAUAUCCGGUGAUGAACUUCGUGUCAUCACUUUCGAGAUGGCGUUCGAAGAUGCAAACUCACCUUUCAUUCAUUAUCAGACUGGGGACUUGGAGAGCGGGAACUGGGCAUGGACCACAGUUUAUGAUGAAUUGCUCAGUAUAUAUGGAUCCGAUACAGCCCGCGACUGGAACGACUGUUUCGGUACAGGGAAUUUUUCCGACGACUGCAAACACUUCAAGAACGUUAAGAUCUACGGUAUCUCGGAUGCAAGGCAAGAAUAUGCCUUGGAGAUUUUUACGAAUCUGACCGGAAUAUGGUGGCGAAGUUUCUUCGCUGCGGUGCGAUUUCCUCAAUUAUACAGAGAGCCUAGACCAGGCAGCGUCUACUCUAGGUUGCGCCCGCUCUAG